GUGUGUAUGUGUAUGUGGGGGGGCGUGUCCAUCUAUGACAUCACUCCUCGGAACUGCUGGCUAUAGCUGAGCAGGAGCGAGCGAGAGGAACCACAACCCAGCCUUCCAGCAAGGAGUAACGCGAAAGCGCUCUGUUGAACUGACUUUACGAUUUCAAAUUAGCAAGCUAAGUGUCUAUAGUAGGAGGCGGAAGAACAUGAAAUACUUUUUCCUGACCACCCUGACAGCUGAGCCUUGCCUGAAAACUUACAUGGUGACCUGAAACUGGAACUUGGGAGACGGGGAAAAGUAUGACGGUAAAGGUGUACGUUUCCACGGGAAAGAGUCCCCCCUCUUUUCACUCUCCGUAGAACUGGAGGGGGUCCUUCGCAGCUCAUUGCAUCGCUUUGCACUCUCUGCUCUAAAAUGAAGUUUGGUAAAAGCAUUUGCAUUUUGAAUGUGGGUGGCACCAAGUACGCGUUCCCCAGGGAUGUAAUAAAGGAUUUCCCUCUGAGGAGAGUAAGUCGGCUGCACAGCUGCGUCUCGGAGAAAGAAGUGCUGGAAGUUUGCGAUGACUACGACCGGGAAAGGAACGAGUUUUUCUUUGACAGGCACUCCGAAGCUUUCGGCUUCAUCAUGCUCUAUGUCAAGUACGGGAAGCUCAGGUUCGUCCCGCAGAUGUGCGAGCUGUCCUUCUAUAACGAAAUGAUUUACUGGGGCCUGGAGAGCUCCCACCUGGAGUUCUGCUGCCAGAGGCGCCUGGAUGAGAGGAUGUCGGACACCUACACUUACUUCUCCGAAGAGGACACCAAAACGGAGGACGAACUCAGGGCCGAGGAGGAGCUGGAAAACCCGGCGGCCACUGGCAGAGGGAGCGCCAAGUGGCUAGAGAGAAUGAGAAGGACCUUUGAGGAGCCUACUUCGUCCGUGGCCGCACAGAUCCUGGCUUCUGUGUCCGUUAUAUUUGUCAUUGUGUCCAUGGUGAUACUUUGCGCCAGCACUCUGCCGGACUGGAAAACCGCAGAGAACAACAGCGUGGAGGAGCACAGGUACACAGACAAUUUAAUGGAUCCAUCAGGGAUCAUUGAGGCGGUGUGCAUCGGGUGGUUCACAGCAGAAUGCAUUGUGCGCUUCAUCGUGUCAAAGGACAAGUGUGAGUUUGUGCGGCGGCCCCUCAACAUCAUCGACCUCCUGGCCAUCACACCUUACUACAUCUCCGUGCUGAUGACCGUGCUGACGGGCGAGAACUCCCAGCUGCAGCGUGCCGGUGUCACGCUGCGGGUGCUGCGCAUGAUGAGGAUCUUCUGGGUCAUCAAGCUGGCCCGCCACUUCCUGGGGCUGCAGACCCUGGGCUUGACGCUGAAGCGCUGCUACCGGGAGAUGGUGAUGCUGCUGGUAUUCAUCUGUGUGGCCAUGGCCAUCUUCGGAGCCCUGUCUCAGCUGCUGGAGCACGGCCUGGACCUGGAGAUGGGCAAUGAGGACUACGCCAGCAUCCCCGCUGCCUGCUGGUGGGUUAUUAUCUCCAUGACCACCGUUGGCUAUGGAGACAUGUACCCCAUCACCAUGCCUGGGAGGGUGCUAGGAGGCGUCUGUGUGGUCAGCGGAAUUGUGCUCCUGGCACUGCCCAUCACCUUCAUCUACCACAGCUUCGUCCAGUGCUAUCAUGAACUCAAGUUCCGCUCUGCCCGCUGUAGUCGGAGCCUGUCCGCCGAAUUCUUAAACUGACCAACUACACCACCGCCCUCCUUCUGCCUACGUUCUAGCCCUCGUUUACCCAUUGAGUCAUUGAGUCAUUCUCCUGUUUUCGUUUGUCGUUCAGCAGCAUCAAGGACAGACAUAUUCCAGAUGCAGACGCAACUUUGCCUUUAGUUUCUAAAGCUUUUUGAGCUGUUUCCUCCAGUCUUUCUUCCUGGGGGCUGAGAAUAAGACCUGAGGACAUGCCAUCAGUGGUCAAUCGAAUUCUCUUGAGUUUAGGCUUUGUUGUAGGAAAUCCACAAAAUGUCAGCACUCAGAAUGGAAGAAUACAAUGUACAAAAACAGAAUGGAAGAUAUUGAGUGGGCAACCAGAGAAACACAGUUCACUUUUUUUGGCCUUAAAUUUGACUGUGUGGUAGCAAGCCACAGUGAUGGAAAUGAUCAUUUCAGCAAUAGUGCUGGAAUUGGUAGAAAGUAAGGAUCAGACAUGAACCAUUUUGAAGACUGUUCCUUGAUUUAGUUCCUAAAUUUCUUGAUUUAAAUAUAACAAACUUUGGGGGUUUCAGAUGUGAUGUUCACAAUGCCCUGACAUGCUUAAUAAUCUGAAUAAGGCUACAAAGACCACAGAUUUUAAAUCUCCUGUCCUUUUUCUGUUUUAACAAGGUAUGCACUAAAGAGUCCUGGAACUGCCUGGUAUCAGCUGCAUGCAAUAGGGAGAAGAUGAUUGGGCUAUUUUGUGUCCACUGAUAAAGGUUUUUACUUCAAAGUACAUCUUGUACAAAUCUUUGUGAAGAGAAAAAAAAUACUAAGUGUCAGACUUAUGGAAGAGCAACCUCUGAAAGUGAGAGCAAUCAGAGAUAUCUAAUUUUUAACAUAAUGUCUAAACCAAUUUUUCUUUUCUCAGAGGAAGGUGCUAGUGACACUUUGGAGCAAAGAUCUUUACCUAUCUUAGCAUGCCUGAAAAUUUGACGUGCCACACAAUCUACUCUCUCUUGCAGUGCCAGCUGUAGUGAUUCAUUGAUCUGCCUGCUUUGCCUGGUAUCUAUUUUUUUAUUUAAUAGCCUGGAUUGAUUAAGCAAUUCCCUCUACAUUUUGUCUGUCAACACAAUGGAACACGCUUCAGCGUUCCACUGCUAAUGAGAUAUCACAAUCUUCUGUCAACAAAAAAAUAAUGUGAUCACUGAUGUUCUUCAAGCCCACAACGUAAAACCUGUAUACAAUGUAAACUGGAAGGUUCCACACAGCAACAGUAAGCCACAGGGAAAACGAUGGCAUGACUGACACCUUGCAACCAAAGGGGCAAUAUUGAGAUUCACAAUAGAUUCACAAUAAAUGGCCCUUUUGGCUUUUUCCUCAAGGGCUGUGUUUUCUGAGGUCUGCAUACCAAAGUGAAAUACAAACAUGUCCUUCAGGAAGAAAAUACAAGAUUAAGGAUACAGGUUCAUUUUCUUCACAGAGAGAUGUGAUUUUUUUUUUGGUAUGACGAUUUUGAAACACAAUCCGCAAGGUACCGGCUAUACCACCCUAUUUCCCUGCGUCUUACUGCCACUGCCAUGGUCACAAGACACACUCACUUCUCGUCUUUGAGUCCUUCAAACUGGUUGCUUUUGAAGGAAAAAAAAACCAUUACAGGUAUGCAGCAGGAACAAGAUCUGAACAUUGUAAAACAUGUUGUCAUUAUUCUUGAAGAGUCCCUGUACCAUAGUGUGCGCGGGCAGGGGGCGGUUGAGCAGGGACUUUAGUGAUGAAGGUUACAUCAUUGACACAUCAAGACUGAUGAUAUGGUUAGGGGUCUGUUAUCUCAUCCUUUUUAUUGGCUGUUACCUGCAAGAGUACAAAGUCAUUCUUACAUUUGGAAGACUACAUAAGUGCUGGCGUAAGUUUCCAUAUCAGGGAGUGGUUGAAUUCACACUAGGGUCUCAUUACAUGAUUUAGCUGAUCCGGUUGGUAGGGAUUCUUCAUUUCUCCACUACUUAAUAUGUCAGGUUAAGUCAGUGCCAUAUUAAAUACAAUGGAGAGUGAGGUUAAAAAUAUUCAGAGGAAUGUGGCUAUAAAGUAUACCCCUGUUGUAACCUCUUACAGAUGCUGUAUUAUUUAUUUUAUUAAUUUUAUUUUAGAAGAUAUGCUGACUUUCAAUAAAGGUUUUCAUUAAUCUUAAAUUACAAGAAAUAUACAUUUGUAGUGGGUUUGCUUCAAAUAAAUAUAUAUAUUUUAAAAUAUUAAUGCUAUAUAAGAUUUAUAAUUAUAAUAAUAGACUUUCACCACCCAGUGUUUUAAUAAACCUUUCUGUUGGUAAAGUGAAAUGAAACAAUACUCUGGUGCACUCUUGUAAAAAAAAAAAGCAUCUACCUUUUCCAGGACUGAACUCUGAUUGCUUUUUCACCAACAGUCUUCUAUGGAUUUUGUAGUAUACAGUAUAUGUAAAUUCAGGAAAUUAAAACUACCUAAGAAAAUUAAAUUUGUGCAAACUAUGAGAAAAAUAAAUCAGCUUGUUCGUUUUGGUUUGCUUAGGUUUUGAAUUGUGUUAGAUAUUGAACAAUGUUUUUGUAAACAGGCUCAUCAGAGGUUCACUUACAUUUUGUGUCUAGGCUUAAGCUUAAACAGCAUCAAGGAAUGUACUGUGCUAUGGUCCAUGCAGAGUUCCUGGAGAUUCUGUUGAAGACUUUUAGUGGCUUGGCUAUGUCACAAUUAUUUAGCACUUUUAGCACUGUGUUCAACUCCAUGCUCGAUUUUAUAUUAAUGUAGCAACAAUAUUUUUCUCUCUAACAAUACAGGAUCAGGGCAUAAUGUCUCUUUGUUUACUGAUGUGACCUGAUUUCACUUAAGUAGGGCUAGUAAUCCAGUAGAAUAACAGCACUCGGCGCCUACAAUAUCAUAAGAGUACGGAGUCCUUCCUGUGCCUGCGUGCCUGCCACAGAGGAGCUUGGCAACAGGGAGAUUGGCCGAGCUCUGAUGAUACUGUGGGGGUGAGCUGCUGUUAGUCUAUAUUAAUCUGAAGCACAGCUGCUCUUAAGAAAUCUGGUUGUGCUUUACACAGCUAAUAGUGUAAUUUACUGUGUCCUUGUUAGAGUUAGAUAUUCCCCAUAUCCACAGUUAGUGUAAAACAAAAGCAAAGAUUCUUGCAAGACUUUCAAAGACAUUUAAAUUCAAUUAAAACAUCCAUAAAUCCACCAACUGCAAAUUCCAGACCCAAUACUUUAGUUUGCUGUGAUUUCUGUGAACUUGCAUCUAUGCAUCACAAAGCUGCCAUUAGGUACUGGGUUUUAAUUUUACAAUUAGAGGUGAGUCACAUUAUUGAUUUAAUCUGGUUAUUAGGAAAUAGAAACAGUGGCCAUUUCAACCAUUGCUCAAAUUAUCAUACAAUGCCAAAUGGAUUUUUAUAAACAUCCUUGGACAAAAAUAUCUUAUAUUCACACAAUGAAGGCCAUGCACUCAGCCUGCCUGAACAUUAAUCAACAUUUUCCAUGUUUAAUGGCUGCCAGCAUUCAUUAUGUGUGAUGAUAAUGCGCUUGGAGAAUCUUUGCAGGUCUAAUCACAGCUAAGGUGUGGGAGCAUACACACUGUGGAGAUCAACACCUACUGUGUCAGCCAGGUCUGACUCCAAGCAAAAAGACAUGCUCACAACACAUCAGUAUGCCACACACUGCGCAUUAUAAUUGUACUGCUUUAACAACUCAUCAGAGAUGGUAAGAGGAAGCUGCAGAAUGAGUGUACCACAUACAAUAAAAAACAGAUGACAGCUAAAUUAUAAAAACCUCUUUAUCUUGCAGCAGCAUCUUAAUGGUUUACAUUUUCCUCUUGAUUCGAUCCCUGAAUAAUGUAGAAAUGAAACAGAGAGGGACAUUUUCAAUGGCUCUUAUUUAAAAUAUAUUUUAAAACAGAAUACAUUUACUACCCCCCAAAAAACAUAGGGCUUUAACACAGGCUAAUACUUAAAUGGCGAUGUAAGCCGUCGGGGUUACACACUUGCACUUCAUUGAUGAAGCAUCCAGAAGUUAUGUUGAAUAAAACAGUGUUACCAUCUGGCUCGAUGACCUGAAUCAUAAUCCAAAGGUGAUAUCAUGAUGUUCAAUGGAAAGUUACAAAUAUUUUCUUUGUGAGUCAGAAAAAUCUAAAAAGAAAACGAUGAAUUGUAUAAGUAAGUCAAAAUAGUGUAACAAUGCAGUAGGUCUGGGUUGUUUGAACAAUCACGUAAUCCGAACAGGCUUGCUCGUAAUUAAAUGCUCAUGCACACUGCCCCCUGUGGAGUGUUUGUGGAAUCAUUUAACAUUUAAUCUAUCAAUUGACUAAAUAAAAAGCAUUUAGUAAUCAAUCAUUAGGUUUUGUAAUUAAAUCCAGCAAGACCUAAUUCUAUUCCAAACAGAGUUUAAAUCACACUGCACUGGGAAUGCUAUUGACCAGAAGAAAGCAGGUUAUUGUUCUUAUUAGCCUAACUAUAAAAAAUGCCUAUACCAUCAAUUUUUAACAUGUAUCUAUUUUCAUUUAGAAUAAGUGAUUAAAAGCAAGUCCAAUAUGGUCCAAAUGGUGAAAUAAACAUGAAUAAUGAGAUUUUCUUGCAGCAUUCCUGAAAAUAUUUUAUUUUUUUAGCACCUGAAUAUCUAGAAAUGUCAUCUGAUUAGAUUUAUUAUUUUAUUGUCCAAUCCUAGCCCUUUUUUCUGUUUUAUUAUGAAAUGCAUCUUGUUUCACUUGGGUCUAAAACUCACAAAUCUUCUCCUGCUGCCUUUGCUUUCAUAUCUAAGGUGUUGCUGUGCUUAUGUUAUCUGAAGCAGAAUACUAUACUGCAGAAUAUCCAUAUUGGUCCAAUGUUAUUAAAGACCUUCCUAUUCUGAAAAAAAACACAACCAGGAAGAUACAGGAUGCACAUUCCACCUUUAAUACGUGGGGAAAAUCGUAUAAUCCUCCAUGUCCUUUAAAGCUGUGUCCUUUCAAAUAGACUUUCGGAUGACUCUCCUUUAUGUGGAUUAAUUUUGAAAAGGCCUGGAACUGUGGACAGGAGACUACUUUUUAUAAGCCAAAAGGUUGUUGUAAAUUUAUAAGGAAGCUGCAAAGGCAGAUUUAUCCUGGACAUCCCAAUCUUUUAUACAAACCACACCAUAUUAAAGAAACAUUUAGACAUGUAUUGAACACAAUUCUGCAUCAUCAAAUUUAUGGAAGGUAAUUUUGAGAUUAACCAUUCAGGUUACAAGCUACUUCAGUUUCAUAUGAACAAUAUGGCUAACACAAUAUGCAGAACAAAUGGCAUUUUGGUGUGAUGUCCUUGAUAAAACAAGGCCCUUUCUUUGUUUCAGUAUUCUGGUAGCUGAUGGGAAUUUAAAUUAUGUUUGUUGUAUAGAAAUAGAAUUUUGUACAUUAUGUACUUUUUUUCUGAUAAAAUGUGUACAGUAAAAAGCACUGGUAAUAGAAUCACAAGCUGUGUUUGUGGCAGAACGCUGCUGAGAAAUGAUGAAUUUCUGUGCUUUUCCUUUUGAAAUAUGAAAUCCUGUAGAAAAUUGAUAUUCCAAGACAGCUUUUUGGUUUUUCUAGUAAAUAAUCUGCUUCAAUAGAAAUCUUAUUUUCAAUAUGGGGAUCAAAUUUCUGUUGUGUAAAAUGUGACUGCAAUUUCCGCAGAACCCUUUUGUUCAUUAGCAGAUAAGAAAGUUUCUAGUUUUUAAUUUUAUAUAACAUCUAUUUUAUAUAUUGCUUAGGUUUCCAGAUAGAAUGGCUAUAUGGCUCAAAAUAUUUGAAUAUAAAUAAAACAAAAUGCUUCUCAA